GUGAACUGCAAAAAAGGGAAAUCACCAUGCCGUCGUAUGUAGUAACGCCGUAUGGGAGUGGGAACACGGUCAGACUUGACGACUUUGCCGAUUCCUUUGACCAAUUUAUUACACUAAAACCAAAGCUCAAACAGAUCGAUCCUUACCAAAAUCGAACAAACAAAGCUGUAUCUUUCUUCACCUCGUUUUUAUAUUUAUCAUUAGGGGCUUAUACUUUUAUUUAUUUUUUUCGUAGUAUAGAAUAAUCGCGAACAAAUAUUAAUUUAGCUCCCCCGGCGCCGGCUGCUUUCCGGAGCAAGAAAGCACCGGGCAGAAUUAUUAUUUUGUAGAGACUUUUCGCGUACUGUGUACGAAAACACAAAAAAAAAAAAAAAAAGGAAGAAAAUUUCUCCUGGGAUCUUUUUUUUUCCCUCGUAAUCUUGCAUUGCACCCGCAUCGUCAACCGUUUCGUAUUGGUCUUGAUUGGAUGCUUUCAGUAUAGCUAUUGAAAUCGCAGGAAGGUUUGUAAGGGAAUUUGGGAUUCGGGAUUUAGGAAGGGCGAAUAAAAAUGAGUAAAUUAUUGAAUAAAGUCCGGAACUUGGACGCUUACCCCAAAAUCAACGAGGAUUUCUUCAACCGAACACUCUCCGGCGGUGUAAUUACUGUUGUUUCCUCCAUCGUCAUCUUCUUGCUUUUCGUUUCUGAGCUCAGACUAUACCUCCAUACAGUUACAGAAACCAAACUCCUAGUGGACACUUCAAGAGGAGGAAAAAUACAUAUCAAUUUUGAUGUCACGUUUCCGGCCAUACGAUGUUCGUUACUCAGUCUUGAUGCCAUAGAUAUCAGUGGGGAAGAGCAUCUAGAUAUAAGACAUGACAUAUUCAAGAAAAGACUUGAUCCUCAUGGUAAUGUUAUUGAAGUAAAAAAGCAUGGAAUUGGAGCUCCCAAGGUUGAGAAGCCGUUACAAAGACAUGGGGGCAGGCUAGAAGAUAACGAGAAAUACUGUGGUUCUUGCUAUGGUGCCGAAGCGUCAGAUGAUGAUUGUUGCAAUUCAUGUGAAGAAGUUCGUGAGGCAUAUCGCAAGAAAGGCUGGGGUUUGACAAACAUAGAUCUGAUAGACCAGUGCAAAAGAGAAGGCUUCAUCCAACAAAUUAAAGAUGAAGAAGGUGAAGGUUGUAAUAUCCAGGGCUCUUUGGAGGUGAAUAAGGUGGCUGGUAAUUUUCAUUUUGCCCCCGGGAAAAGCUUUCAUCAGGCAAAUGUUCAUAUCCAAGAUUUGCUGGCAGCUUUUGCGACGGAGAGUUACAAUAUUAGCCACAAGAUCAAUAAACUAGCUUUUGGAGAUUCUAUUCCUGGAGUUGUAAACCCUCUUGACGGGGUGCAUUGGGAGCAUGAAACACCAAAUGGAAUGCAUCAGUACUUCGUUAAGGUGGUACCUACGGUGUACACUGACAUUAGAGGCCGCACCAUUGAGUCAAAUCAGUUCUCAGUGACAGAGCAUUUUAAGAGCAAUGAGAUGGGACAGUCUCGUUCACUUCCUGGGGUUUUCUUUUUCUAUGACCUUUCUCCAAUUAAGGUGACUUUCAAGGAGAGCCAUUCAUCUUUCUUGCACUUCUUGACCCACAUUUGUGCAAUUGUUGGAGGAAUUUUCACAGUUGCUGGAAUUGUAGAUGCAUUUAUUUAUCAUGGUCAGAAGGCGUUGAAGAAGAAGAUGCAGAUAGGGAAGUUCAGUUGAUUUCGCUACUGGAAUACUCAUUUCCGAAGCAGCUAGUGCAGUUUGGCCUCUACGGACUCUUGGCUGUUGUAGUUCCCUUGUUAUCUGACGAGAGUGAUAAAGUGAAUCCAAGCUCCACUGUUAGGCAACACGAUUUUGAUUUAUACAUUUGUUCGUCCAGUUUAGCAGCUGUAUUUUUUAGUUGUGAAUUUUUGACCUUUUCUUGAUUAUAGGUUCCGGCUUUUCAUGGUUUCUGUAGUCCUUUCAGUAAAUGUGGUGACGUUUUCGGACUAAUUAUAGUGAAAAUUGACUGAGUGAUGGCAAACCAUUGCUCAUAGUGUAAUUCAUUUAUUUCAGAUGAGGAAAUCUGCAUAUCAAGUGUUUUACCUCAUUUUCAC